AAGAGGCAAGCCCAUCACACAGCACACAGCACACAGCACACAGCAAAGCCUCUUCAGAAGCUUCUCUUGAGUCUUGUCCAACACAUUUCUUCACUCGCAUCAGCUCCCCAUUUGGGUUUUGUGCUUUCAUCGGCUUUUUAACUGUGGGAAAGGAAUGGAUAGGGUAACAAAGCUGGCGUCCCAGAGCGCUGCAGUGGUUUUCAGUAAGAGCUCAUGCUGCAUGUCUCAUGUCAUCAAGAGAUUCUUCUAUGAACUCGGGGUGAACCCUGCAAUUCACGAGCUUGACGAGGAGUACAGAGGAAGAGAAAUGGAGAUGGCGCUGUUGAAGCUAGGGUGCAAUCCUGCCGUGCCAGCAGUGUUCAUAGGGGGUAAGUUCAUAGGCUCAACCCAGAAGGUAAUGGCCCUCCACAUUAAUGGAUCGCUUAUACCACUGCUCAAGGAGGCAGGUGCUAUCUGGCUUUAGUAAAGCUAGCUGCUGCCAGCUGAAUCAAUAAGCUGAUCUCUUUAAACAUUAAUAACUUAGCUGCUUCUUCCCUUUUGUGGUUUUUCUUUGCUUUUGCCGGCUUUUGAUGAUUGUAUGAACUAUUUGAUGAGAAAAAGCAGAAUACAUAUGACAGUCGUUUAAUUUCAAGUUGAAA